AGUCAGCAAAUAUGGGUGCUCAAGCAGUUACCGAGGCCAAGCCCAGCAGCACGUCAAUUGACUCGCUGAGAGCUGCAAUUCCCAAGCACUGCUGGCAGAAGUCAACGACAACUUCUAUGAGCUACAUUGUGCGAGACAUCGUCCUUGUCUGCACCGUGUUCUACAUGGGUACUCAGAUCCAAUACGCACCGUCAUUCGCUCUCAGAUGCGCCCUGUGGGCUCUUUACAGCGUUUUCCAAGGAUUCGUCUUUGUCGGUAUCUGGAUUCUUGCUCAUGAAUGUGGUCACCAGGCCAUGUUCGACAAUGGUGCCGCCAACGACACAUUCGGUCUUAUCAUGCACAGUUUCUUGGGUGUUCCUUACUUCUCUUGGAAGGACACUGCUUUUGUUCCCGCAAAGAAGGACGACGGCCUGCAUCUUAUGACUAAGGUCCAGGAAAAGAUCAAGGCAAUUUUCCACAUGACCGAAGAUGCACCUAUCGUCAGCUUGAUCUUCCUUGUUGGACACCAACUUAUCGGCUGGCAAGCGUACAUGCUCUUCUACGCCUCGUCAGGCUACAAGAGUCUUGCAAACUUCAAGGAUCCCCGUACCACUUCCAACCUCAGUCACUACUCUCCCUUCUCCCCGAUCUACCUUCCCUCCCAGCGUUUGGCUAUCCUGAUUUCCGAUCUCGGUCUUAUUGCUCUCUGCUACGGGCUUUACUACGCUGUUCAGGUUAUGGGAUUGACUCAAGUUGCACUGCUUUACGGUCUUCCUUACCUUUGGGUCAACCACUGGCUUGUCGCCAUCACUUACCUUCACCACAACCACGGUGAUGCUGAGCACUUUGAGCAGGGCACUUGGACUUUCGAGAAGGGUGCCUUGGCCACUGUCGACAGAGACUUUGGCUUCGUUGGACGUGAGCUGUUCCAUGGUAUCAUCGAGUUCCACGUUNNUCGUAUUCCAUUCUACCAUGCCGAGGAGGCUACUGGUGCCAUUCAGCCUAUGCUUGGCAAGAAGUACAUCCGUGAUAACACUUCAUUCCUCAAGGCCCUCUGGAAGGCUUGGACCCAACAUCAAUAUGUUGUCGAUCACGAGACCAAGCCCGGUGUUCUUGUCUGGGCAAAG